UGAAGUCACCCAGCCAGUUCUGCUCAGACAGCCGAGGAGAGAGGAGAGAGGAGGAGCCCGCAGGCCGACAUAAAGAGAACUGACAGAGAGAGAAGAGAGAGGGGAACCUGAGAUAAGUCAUGGCAGAUCCAGCACCUAAAGAGUCCGCUCAGGUCUCCAAACAGAAUCUGUGCUCGGUGUGUUCAGGGGCUCUGAGUGGAGACAAACCUGCAGCCUGCGCUCACUCCGUCUGCGCCUCCUGCCUUGGGGACAAAAGUAAAGGAUGUCCUGAGUGUCUGAAGAGCCCUGUCAAGUCUGAACCUGAAGCUCCCAAACAGAACGGCAUCCAGAGCAAAGAGGAGCACGACUCCAAGACCUCAGAGGAGACCAAAAUCCAGGAGGACCUGAAGGAGUCUGAGGACCCCAAGAAGCCUGAACAGGAGGAGGAGAAGAAAGAGGAGAAAGAGGAAGCAAAGGAGGAGGUGAAGGAGGAGGUGAACGAAGAGGAGGUGAAAGAAGAGGAGGUGAAGGAGGAGCCGCUGGGCCCCGAUGACGUGGUGUGCGACUCGUGCAUCGAGAGCCCCCGCCGGGCCCUCAAGUCCUGCCUCACCUGCCUGGUGUCGUACUGCGAGGCCCACCUCCGGCCUCACCUGGAGAACACCAAGUUUCAGAACCACCGGCUGGUGGAGCCGCUCCGGGACAUCGAGAGGAGGACGUGCGAGAGCCACAAUUGGCCCCUGGAGCUCUUCUGUUGCGCCGACUCGUGCUGCGUGUGUCAGGACUGUGUGAGCGAGGAGCACCAGGGCCACAACACGGUGACCGUGGUGGAGGCUCGCCAACGCAUAGAGAAAGAACUCAAAGAGAAGCAGACGGAGAUGGUGAAGACGGUGACAGCAGCAGAGAACGCCAUCAACAGACUGCAACUGAACACCGUCUCUAUUGAGAAUUCAGUGACCGAGGUUCGAGCUGUGAUCGAGAGCCAGUUCGAGGAGCUGCAGGCGGUGAUGGAGAGGGCGAAACGGGAGGUGACGGAGAUCCUGGAGGGCGAGGAGAAGCAGGCGCUGAGUCAAGCCGAGGGCAUCAAGGUCCACCUGGAGCAGAGGUGCACGGAGCUGAAGAAGACGCAGGCGCAGGUGGAGAAGCUCUCCAAGAACAAGAACGACGUGGACUUCUUACAGGAGUACUCAGAGUGGAAGAAAGAAAGCACUGAUAUUUCUCUGCCCGGCGUCUACAUCGGCCUGAUGGACCGCCUCACUUCCUUCAGCCGCGUGAUCGUCGACUCCACGCAGGAGAUGUGUGCGAUGCUCGUGUCGUCGUACAUCGAGAAAUUUAAAGAGACGUGCAAGAACGAGGGGAUAAAAACAACAGUUCAUGCGAUCGUCUCGGCAAAGCAGAACAGGAGCAUACCAGAUCCAAAGAAGCACGAGGACUUCCUCAAGUACGCCGAAAACGUGACUUUCGACGCUGACACGGCGCACAAGUUCCUGCGGCUGACAGAAGAGAACAGGAAGGUGACUAACACCACGCCCUGGCAGCAUCCGUAUCCCGACGUCCCCGAGCGCUUUGAGAACUGGCGCCAGGUUCUGGCCACGGAGAGCUUCUACCUGGGCCGCCACUACUUCGAGGCGGACAUCAGCGGCGAGGGCACGCACAUCGGCCUGACCUACAAGAGCAUCGACCGCAAGGGGAGCGAGAGCAACAGCUGCAUCACGCGGAACAACUUCUCCUGGUGUCUGCAGUGGAACGGGCGCACCUUCUCCGCCUGGCACAGCGACGUGGAAACCCCCCUGAGCGUGGAGAAGGUCACCCGGAUCGGGGUCUACCUGGACUACGCCAGGGGCCUGCUCGCCUUCUACGGCGUGCAGGACACCAUGACGCUCAUCCACGAGUACAAGGCGGAGUUCCUGGAGCCGCUUUACCCGGCCUUCUGGUUGUCUAAGAAGGAGAACAUCGUGGCCUUAGUGGCGCCGGGGGAGCCAUUACGGCUCAAGAGCCCCUCCCCCCCCACCUCACCUUUAGAAAGAGCCGUUGAUUUAAAAACCGCAGCGGAGAAAUGAUCAGCAGUCUGUUAGUCCGGGAUCACUUAAGUGACAAUAUGAGACGACUGAUCUGAAACGUUAAGGGGUCAAAUAUUGAGGUCACACUAAAGCAGUUUACCUGUCGGGUAGGGAUGUAAUAAAACAUGGUGGAUGUUCAUCUCUUGUUUUUUUUGUACGUCUGGGACAACUGUUACUCUUCAUCACACUGUGAAUUCAGAGAUGUUCUUCAUGUUCUGUUUGCAAAUAAAAACCUUUUAUCCUCGGU